AAUGGAUACAUUUUCUUACUUCAUAAAACCCUUAUAUUUAUUUACAGAGCACAUUUAAAGAAAACACUGAAGAACGACUCUUUGUAUGAAGGACUCCUACCUCUUGUGUCACCUCUGUUGCUGUUUGUUCUUCUUACAGUCUGGGUAGUUUUAUCUCCAGGCAACAUAUUAGCAAAGCAACCAAGAGUGUUUUUAUGGAUGGUUGGGGUGGCUUUCUCAAACGUUAUUUGCAAGGUGAUCGUCUGCCAGAUGAGCAGCACCCGGCCGGAGCUGUUCCACUGGUUCCUCUUCCCGCUGGCGUUGGUGGUCUACGCGGCCAUCUCCGGGCUGCUGGGCUGGAUGGAAGAAGCGGUGCUCAUCGGCUUCACUGCGCUGGUCACGGCCACCCACGUGCACUACGGGGUCUGCGUGGGGAGGCAGCUGAGUAAGCACUUCAACAUUUAUAUCUUCUCACUGAAGAAACGUGUCCAAGAGUGA